UGGGAUUGUCCCGGGAGCUGGCGGUUGGCUGGCCCGAUGUGGGCCGGCCGAGAGCCGAGGAGGGUCCCGGGAUCUGCCGCUCCGCCACCUCCUCGGGAGGCAGUGCCCGGCGCCUUAGCGAACGGACCAUGUACACAAUCAGCCGGGGCCCCAGCCGGCUGGCCACUCAGCGGAGGACGGGACCAUCCCAGCAGAUCGAAGCCAAGCCCGGCUGCGACGUGAAGCAGAAGCCGACGGGGAGUGGCCCAGCGCCCAAGCUGGUAUUUAACCGAGUGAAUGGGAAACGUUACCCGACGCCGUGCGCUGCGGAGCGCAGAGAGGAGGAACACACACCAGCGCAUGAGGAGAACGUGCGAUUUGUCUAUGAAGCCUGGCAGCAGGUGGAACAACAGCUCGGGGCCAGCCGGCGACCGGACAGCAGCCAGAGUCCCCGUGGAACAGUGGAGUACGUGGAGAAGACACCAAGCCAAAACUUGAACAACUUUGUCCCCAUCGACCUGGAGGAAUGGUGGGCGAAACAGUUCCUGGCCAACAUUCAGAACUCGUCUUAGAGCCACUGGACUGGUCCUAUCUGACGGGGGACGACAGCAGUCGCCAACAAGUGGAUUUCUUCAGACCUCUCCUUCCUCUCGCUGUGUCUUGUACAGAGCGAAGAUGUUUCUAUAGAAACCAAAUCAGCUGAGAUACUCGGCAGCAACCAUUGGGCCUUUGGCCUUUGCUCUGAUUGGGUGAAAUCCCCUGCCUUUCUGCAAUAAAGCAGCAAAUUUUCAGCGAAGUAUCCCAGGUCAUCUUCACAAGGCUUCAAAAGAGAUUUGUGUCUUCUCGGACUGGAUGGAUGUGUUAAUUCUGUGCUAGUCCACAUCUGGUGACAUCCUAGAAUACCUGGCCUUAGGAUUGAGCCAGAUCUGCCUCAUGAAUUGAGGAGCCUCCAUCAACUGACUGAGGGGAUAAACUUGGCAUAUGGGAGCCCUGGUCAAACCAGCACCUUCUUUUCCUUGCUUCCCCCCACCAUCCCUGGAAUGAGGUGACAUCACUCUGUUCUCCAACCACUGUGCCAGCAUUAACUACCUUGCCUCUUUUCCUGACAUCCACAGAACACAUUCCUCAGAACCACCCUACCUGUAAACGAGAAAUUCCCAUGAAGUAAAUGUUAAAUGUUGCAGGGCUUUGGGAACUCUCCCCUCUCCCCUGAUAUUCACAUGUGGGUGAAGGUUUCCCAUCCUUUCCAGGCAGACUCCUCCAGAUGGCAUACAAGCCAGCCUGUUUCCCAGGGAUGUGGGUCGAGUGGCUGUUGGCUGCUUAGUGGGGAUGUAGCUGUAACUCUGUGAAUGGCAUCAUCAGGAUCCCAGAGGCUUUCUCCCUCCACCGCAACAAAAUGGCUAUUUCCUUCCUCUUAUUUCCUGAAACCGUGAGGGAUUUGAAACAGCACCACUCGUGAUUUAGUAGCUGCCUACGAUGCUUGGAGAAUGCACUGUGAUCCCCACUGCCUUAAUGCCCAGUAGAGAGCCAGAGGCAACCUCUGGGUUUGCGACAGACCAGCAUCUCAAACUACCUAUCACACUGUAGCCUUUUGUGGUGUCUGUUAUCCUUCAGGUAUAGUGAGUGAAGGUGGGGUGGGGGAGUUGAGGUCACACCUACCUGAGGACAGUAGGCCUGUAUUGAUGAACACUUCAGCUGAGGGUGACCUGGUUACCUCUCCAGUGCCCUCUGCUGGUUUACAUCAGAGUUCCUGCCUUUUAGCUGACCUUCUAUGGUCCUGUGUUGUUGGCUCAGCCAUAUCUGACUGCAUCACUUCCCUGGCCCCACCCUGGGCCUGUCUGCUCGCUAGGGUGCAGGCGUCUGUUAUCUUACCACCCCACCCAUGGCAGGAAGGACCAGCUGGACCCCAAAUUUCUCCAUUGAUCUGUGGGAGAUGGUACUACAACCUAUCUCACUCACAUUCUGUCCCUGGAGUGCGAUAAGCACUGCAUAACAGCUAUCUCCAUCCAAAAUAAAUCUGGAAUAACUUAGGAUUGUGGGGGGGGGGGGGGGGGGCUGUUGUAUAGGACAUUUCAACGCUGCGUCCAGCCUGAGGAGCUGUGCUGUCUCCUCCCACCCCACUGCCCCGUAUUCCAGUGUCUUUGCUUUACAGGUUCAUGUUUAUUUCCCAAGUCCUUUCUGCCCUCGAGUUUAUUAAUGUAGAUGUCCCCAUCUCCUGGGAUACCAAGUUUCCCUCCCACUUUACUUGUGGUACUUAGUUCUCUUCUUCCCACCAGGUUUACAGUUCUUUGUCCCCCUGCCUUACACCUGCAUUCUCAUAAACCUGUCCCCAUCACUGCUUUCCCCUACAUCCAACCUGUCCCAAACACUGCUCCUCCUCUCACAUCUCACCCCACGUAGCUCCAAGUUGUCACCGAGUUCUGACGGGUUACAUGAUAAAUUCAUCUAAAGCAUUAAUCAUGGAUUGUAAGGUGAAUCUAGUUUUGGUUCAUUAACUAAUCCCCAAUCCACACAAAUAUUACCAGCAGUUGGUGACCUCCUGUAUGGAACCUUGCUGAAGCAAGUUGUGACUCCAUCUCUACUGGCUUCCACAGACUACAAGUUACAUCGGUCAGAUGCAAACUCUUUUCACAUCAUGACCUCCCUAAUCCAAUUAAGAUUACCACUAAAUUCCCCAUUAGGACCUUGUCCCUAUUGAUAUAAUUUCAAGCAUUUUCCAUUGAUAUCAACCUACUACCCUUCUCUCCCCCGCACAAUAACAGCAAUGGAUCCCUUCCCUCCCCCACACAGUAAGGGCAAUGGGUCCCUGCUCUCCCCCGCGCAGUAAGGGCAAUGGAUCCCUUCCCUCCCCCGCACAGUAAGGGCAAUGGGUCCCUGCUCUCCCCCACACAGUAAGGGCAAUGGGUCCCUGCUCUCCCCCACACAGUAAGGGCAAUGGAUCCCUUCCCUCCCCCGCACAGUAAGGGCAAUGGAUCCCUUCCCUCCCCCACACAGUAAGGGCAAUGGGUCCCUGCUCUCCCCCGCACAGUAAGGGCAAUGGGUCCCUUCCCUCCCCCACACAGUAAGGGCAAUGGGUCCCUGCUCUCCCCCGCACAGUAAGGGCAAUGGGUCCCUUCCCUCCCCCGCACAGUAAGGGCAAUGGGUCCCCUGCUCUCCCCCACACAGUAAGGGAAAUGAGUCCCUGCUCUCCCCCGCACAGUAAGGGCAAUGGGUCCCUGCUCUCCCCCGCACAGUAAGGGCAAUGGGUCCCCUGCUCUCCCCCACACAGUAAGGGAAAUGGGUCCCUGCUCUCCCCCGCACAGUAAGGGCAAUGGGUCCCCUGCUCUCCCCCGCACAGUAAGGGCAAUGGGUCCCUGCUCUCCCCCGCACAGUAAGGCUUCUUUUGACACGGAUCUUUGUUCUGAAGUCCCAGGGAAUGGUAAAGAUGCAUCCAGUGACCCAGAGUUGCUGAUGUGUGCACACGUGCAGGAUAAAGUGGGGCCAUGGCUCUGUGUAGAUCAGUCUUAUGGAACAAGAUGAAUAGUAUUUAUUCAGAUUUUUAAACUAUGCAACAAGAUGUAAUAUUUUCCACUGUGACUGAUAUAAGAAUGGGAAGGGUGAAAAAAGUAAAUUGGGGGGGUCAGGGCUCUGGAGAGAAGUCCACGUUAAUGUUCUCUCUCUGGUUGACAAGCUGGAACAGCACUGCCCAGUGUGACUGAAGAUAACAUCGUUUCUGAGCCUGUGUAAGUGUAAAAAAUAAAUCCGUGCUGGAUGACUAAUCUGAAAGGAAAAUAAACAGAUCAAAUUUAUUUAUCUAAA